GCCCCCCCCCGACCCCCGAGCGCGCCCCCCGCGCCCCUUCCCUCGGACACCGGCGGCGGGGCUGUGCAAGCAGCCCGGGAAAGCGGAGAAGCUGGCCAGCACAAUGGGAAAGAAGCAGAACAAGAAGAAGGUGGAGGAGGUGCUGGAGGAGGAGGAGGAGGAGUACGUGGUGGAGAAGGUGCUGGACCGGCGCGUGGUCAAGGGCAAGGUGGAAUACCUGCUCAAGUGGAAGGGCUUCUCCGACGAGGACAACACGUGGGAGCCCGAGGAGAACCUGGACUGCCCGGAUCUGAUCGCCGAGUUCCUGCAGUCGCAGAAAACCGCGCACGAGAGCGAGAAAUCCGAGGGCAGCAAGCGCAAGGCCGAGUCCGACACGGAGGACAAGGGCGAGGAGAGCAAACCAAAGAAGAAGAAGGAGGAGUCGGAGAAACCGCGCGGCUUCGCCCGGGGCUUCGAGCCGGAGCGGAUCAUCGGGGCCACGGACUCCAGCGGGGAGCUGAUGUUCCUGAUGAAGUGGAAGAACUCUGACGAGGCCGACCUGGUGCCCGCCAAGGAGGCCAACAUCAAGUGCCCGCAGGUGGUGAUCUCGUUCUACGAGGAGAGGUUGACAUGGCACUCGUACCCCUCAGAGGACGAUGACAAGAAGGAGGACAAGAACUAAGCCCCGCUGGCCCCGCUCCGGGCGGCUCUGGGGGAUUUUUUUGGGAAGAAGAUCGGAACUUGAGCGGGCUGUGAGCACAGGAGGGGUUUGGAGGUGCCCUGAAGAGCCCCCCAGGCCGGGCCCUGUGCCCUGCAGCCGCUCCUCUGCUCCUGCCGUGCCCACAUUCCCACAGGAUCCCCUGGGAUUGCAGAUCCCACUGGGAUGGGGGAGGCAGAGCCAGGGGAGAUGGA